GAUUCCAGUCACCUUCAUCAAUCGAUGCAGAGUUUGAUUCGCGUAGUUGAAGACAUAUGCAAUGGGCGGCAGUAGUUUGAAGAGAGGUGGCAGUGAUGGCUGGUGCGAAUGAGGAUGGUUGUAAGCUAGUGAUGUGAGGUCUGAAAGUUAAAAGAAAGAGGCCGGCCCCCUUUCAAGCACUUACUACAGUGUAAUAACAUUUCAUAAAUGUUAGAAUACAAACAUCAGAUAGAUUAAAUCAAAUCAAAUGUUCUGUUAUGUUCUGUUUAUUUAUUAAUCAUGUUUAUAAUGUAAUGGAAUCCAACACUCAAAUUAUAAGGAACUAACAAAAAAACAUGAACCAUUCUUUUCCCCUGUAAAACCUCCUCAGUUUAAAAGAAAACCAUUAAUCUAGGAGUAAUUUGACCCAAUCAAUUCCUAAGCAAAAGUAAUCCGUCCAUGUUUCCGCAAAUUACAAGAUGACUUCACUAUUUAAAACACGUAUCUCGUAUUCCUGUUCCUAUCAAUCAAAAUCAAACACAAAAAGUCAAAAACAAUUUCAUCGUUUUCCAUUCCACCAUGGAUCGCUCGACAAAAGUGUUCAUCUUGAUUUCUUUCUUCUUUUUAUCGGUCAUCUCAAAUUUCAAUCUCGUUCAUGCUGAAGAAUUGUUUGACUGUACUUUUGAUCAGGCGGUUAUGAAAAGCCAAGACAAAUGGAUUGUCCAGUUCCUUAUACCUCAGUGUGGAGCCGUUAAAGGCCUUAAACCUGAAUGGGACAAAGCUUCAGCUAAUAUGUGCGGAAAGGUCAAGUUUGGUGAAGUGAACUGUCAGAAUUGCCCAGAAUUAUGUGGUAAGUACAAGGUACCACAUUUCCCAUAUAUUUUACAAUUUGGUACAGAUAAGACAAAAGAACCUAUCCAAUACAAAGGAGCAUGGAGUGCUGGAGCGCUAGAAGAAGCUGCCCUUAGUAUCGCCUAAAAAUAAGUUUUGAGUGAGGAAUAUUGCAUCGGAAUACGACUUGUUUUAAUUUGUCAUAAUUGUGAAACAAUGACACCUUUGUUUUGUUAUGGUGUAACUUUUGUGUAAAGAUCUAAUAAAGGAA